AUAUCCAAGUACCUGAACACCUUCAAUCUCAAAUAUUAUUUCUCUGUUGAUAAUUCUUAUGUUGGAAAGAAGCUCGGAAUUUUGUUAUUCCCUUUCUUCCAUCGUGACUGGUCUUUAAAGUAUGCUGGUUCUGACGAGCCCGUGCCAGCUAAAGAUGAUGUUAAUGCUCCCGAUUUAUACAUACCAUUAAUGGCAUUCAUAACAUAUGUAAUAGUUUCAGGAUUUGUUCUAGGAACACAAGGGCGGUUUUCUCCGGAGAUGUUAGGUAUUCUUACUAGUAAUGCUUUCAUUUGGGUCAUCAUCGAAAACAUAGUUAUUUUUGUUAGCAAGUACGUCAUGAACAUUUCGCAGCUCCGCACCGUGAAGAACUUUGUAUUUCAUUCGCAUCAUUUCGGCGGUGAAGAGGGUCGAAAAAGGAAGCUUAUCUUGAUCGUGUUCAUUCUUGUGUCGCAGCCUCUGAUCAUGUGGUGGUUGACUAGUGGAACAACCAGUUUUGAUUUCGGGAAGGUUGGCUUUGCUCAGUUGGCAAUGGGCAAGAUGGGUAUGGGUAAUGUGAAGCUCGAGGACGUGCCUAUGACUGAAGACGGAGAGGUUGACUAUGAGGCUUUACUAAAAAUGCCACAAUAG